AUGUCUUCCUUCAGUCAGUGGCGGAAGACUGAGUCAGGAUUUGCUUGCAUUUGCGGAAAGACUUAUAGGUACAAAAGGACUCUUGCCAGGCAUAUGAAGUACGAGUGCGGAGGGGAGACAAAAUUUUGUUGUCAUUUGUGCCCAGCGAGGUACAAACAAAGAUAUUUUCCGGACUUUUUCGUCGACCAGAGCCGUCACCACAGCUACCUCGAGCUGGACUCCACCGAGCACUUCGAUCACGACUACCAACAACUACCCCAUUCUCACCCCCAUCAGCACCGCACCCCCUCGUCAGCCACCGCCUUCUCCUGCGUAUGCGAGCCAGUCCUCUUCUCCGAGGGAUUGGACUCCCACCAGCUUCGCGAAUGCAAACAGACCCUCCAGUGCCUGAAGUGUACGAGACAAUACAAAACGUGGAAGAGCCUCCGCCAGCACAUGAAUUUCUUCUGUCAAAUGGAACCGAUCUAUCCCUGUCCCUAUUGCGAUCACAAAGCGAGAAUGACAACACUCCUGAAAUAUCACGUGCAGAACGAGCACGGAAAGGAUCCCCUGGAGAUCCAAAUUCUUGUUUAA